GGUCACGUGUCAUUGGAAGGCGGAAGUAAAUCGCCGUUUCGCUGCUGUUUUGCUAAACAAGCAGCUAGCUUGGUGUCCUUAUUCAAACUAUAUCUGGCACCGCUAACAUCAGGCAUUUCCCAUGGUCAGGAUGACCCAGAAGCACUGCCUGGAGGGCCAGGUGUACUCAGUGCCUCUAAUCCAGCCAGACCUGAGGAGAGAGGAAGCCAUUCACCAGAUAACAGAUGCAUUACUUUACUUAGAGACCAUAUCUACAGACAUCUUCAGCAGAGUUUCUCAGAGUGUAGAGAAGAACCGCCGGCAGCUGCAGAGCGUCACUGACCGGAUCCGACUGGCCCAAGCACGUGUCGACAAGAUCAAAGGCAGUAAGAAGGCCACGAAGGUAUUCUCUAGUGCCAAGUACCCAGCCCCAGAUCGACUUCAAGACUACUCCUCUAUCUUCAGUGGGGCUGUGGAUCCCUCCUCACAAACCCGUCCUCGGUACAGAAUACAGAACAAACUUCGGCCCCUUGAUGACAAAGCCUUGCAGGAAAAGCUGAUGUAUUUCCCAGUAUGUGUGAGCAAUAAAAAGAGAUCUGAGGAUGAGACAGAGGAGGGUUUGGGCAGUCUGCCUCGCAACAUCUCCUCUGUCAGCUCUUUGUUGCUGUUCAAUACUACAGAGAACUUAUAUAAGAAGUAUGUAUUCCUGGAUCCUCUGGCGGGAGCGGUGACAAAAACACACAACACUCUAGAGACAGAAAAAGAGGAGAAACCGUUUGACGCUCCGUUGUCCAUUACGAAGAGAGAGCAACUGGAAAGACAGACAGCAGAGAGCUAUUUCUAUGUGCCAGACUUGGGCCAGGUGCCCGAGAUAGAUGUGCCAUCCUAUCUGCCUGACCUGCCGGGCAUCGCAGAUGACCUGUCCUAUAGUGCCGACCUGGGGCCUGGAUUUGCCCCCUCAGGUCCCACACACAACAUCCCUGAGCUACCGUCUUUUUCUGGGGACUUAGAGGAAAGCAACGGCCCUGGAUCUCAGUUCCAGCCUGAGGUUCCACCUCCUCCCCCACCUCCUCCUCCUCCUCCCCCUCCUGAGCCUGCUCUCACUCCCACCGCUCCUGCAGGAGCUCCCCCUCCUCCUCCCCCUCCACCCCCUCCCCCUGCAGACAACCCUGCAGAGGCCUCUCGAGCACCAAGCUCAGGCCCCGUGUCUGGUGCUCCCAGCGAGGUGGUUCAGCCGUCAGACAGCCGCGCCAGUCUCCUGGAGUCUAUCCGCAACGCCGGAGGCAUCGGCAAAGCCAAGUUACGCAAUGUCAAAGAACGCAAGAUGGAGAAAAAGAAACAGAAAGAGCAAGAGCAAGCAGUGGGAGCGGCAUCUAGUGGUGGGGACUUCAUGUCUGACCUCUUCAAUAAACUGGCCAUGCGCAGGAAAGGCAUCUCUGGCAAAGGUCCCGCAGGUGGAGAAUCGGGUGAAGCUCCCGCUGGCACCGGUGGCGCAUUCGCCCGGAUGUCAGAUGUCAUCCCGCCACUCCCCGCCCCACAGACGACAACAGAGGACGAUGAUGACUGGGAAGCAUGACAUGGUGGAAGCCAGCCAGCACAAACUAGUGAACAUGAAGCACUGAUAACUCUAAGCAUUUGAGACUGCCAGGAAUGAAUGUUCAGUUCAAGGGACUUAACGUCCUCAGAUGUUCAGAAAGAAUCUAUCUGAACCCUUUUUCAUAAAAAGUGAUCACUCAUUUCACUCAUUCUGUAAGUGCAAAUGGGCAAAAGUAGGCCUAAUAAUGCCUUAUGUUGGUUGCCAACCUCAGGCUCUUCUGUGUGUAAAAUGCAGCGUUUAGUGUCUCCUUACUGGAUUCAUGUGGAAUUAAUCACAUGUACACAUAAGCAGUGUCUGUCUCACCACAUGACUAAAACAUGACUGCAACAAAAGUGAUAAACAUUUUAUUAAGAGCAUAUUCGUGGUGUUACAAAUGUCCUAUUUUUUCAUAAAAUUAAACAAGUGAAUAACAUUAUAGAAUACUUCAAUCAUUAAAAAUCAAACACAGAUCCACAGUAAUACUGUGAAAGCAAGAAACAAUUUGACAAAUGUCUUUCCAUAAAAUAAAUGCAUUUUAAAUAAGUA